GGCGGCCGGCUCCUCAGCCUUUCUCGCCCGAGGGCGGGCCGUGCGGGUGGAGCCUGUGCCUGGAAACAGCCUUCCCGGGACUCGGACCCCAGGACAGGCCCAGGUUGAGCCUGACCUGUGGCCUGUCCCUGGCCCUCUAGUGAAGCCUCCUCAGGUGGGAACUUCUGCCUGCCUGCCCUACAGAGGAGCCCUCCCACCACCCAGACGCUCCCAGAACCCUCACCCAGGCAGGGGGUUGGCUUGGCCCCAGCCUGGUCUGGACGUGUGUCCCCCGCUCCUCUCCCCGCUGGCCUUCGGCCGUCCUCCCGGGCAGCCCCUCCCCCACCUCCCGGCCCCAGGAUGGGCGAGUUUGGGGAGAAGUCGACAGCAUGCGGCACCGUCUGCCUCAAGUACCUGCUCUUCACCUUCAACUGCUGCUUCUGGCUGGCUGGUCUGGCCGUCAUGGCCGUGGGCAUCUGGACGCUGGCCCUCAAGAGCGACUACAUCAGCCUGCUGGCCUCGGGCACCUACCUGGCCACAGCCUACAUCCUGGUGGUGGCGGGCGUUGUCGUCAUGGUGACCGGGGCGCUGGGCUGCUGUGCCACCUUCAAGGAGCGGAGGAACCUGCUGCGUCUGUACUUCGGCCUGCUCCUUAUCAUCUUUCUGCUGGAGAUCAUUGCGGGGGUCCUGGCCUACGUCUACUACCAGCAGCUGAACGCAGAGCUCAAGGAGAACCUCAAGGACACCAUGACCAGGCGGUACCACCAGCCGGGCCACGAGGGCGUGACCAGCGCUGUGGACAAGCUGCAGCAGGAGUUCCACUGCUGCGGCAGCAACAGCUCGCGGGACUGGCAGGACAGUGAGUGGAUCCGCUCGGGCGAGGCGGACGGACGGGUGGUCCCCGACAGCUGCUGCAAGACUGUGGUGCCUGGCUGUGGGCGGCGGGACCACGCCUCCAACAUCUACAAAGUGGAGGGCGGCUGCAUUACCAAGCUGGAGACCUUCAUCCAGGAGCACCUGAGGGUCAUCGGGGCCGUGGGCCUGGGCAUCGCCUGUGUGCAGGUGUUCGGGAUGCUCUUCACCUGCUGCCUGUACAAGAGCCUGAAGCUGGAGCACUACUGAGUGUGUCCGCGGGCGCUGGCCCUCCGUGCGCUGCAGCUUCUUGCGACGCGCUUACUGACACUCCUGAGAGCCCCAGUGCUGCGGUCCAGGUGGCGACCCUGCCCCUCGCCUACCGGGGAGACUGUCCUGCUGCCUGGGCCCCCCACCGUGCCAUCACCGUGCCCUCUGGGGACCCUCAAGCCCCAGAGGCAGCUUCAAGUGCCUUUAGCUACACACCAAAGUCCCAAGGCCUAAGGUCAGCCCCACCUACCUGCUGGGCUGGGGGUUAGCAACAAAGGCCCCCCUCCCGCCACCGUCUUUGGGCUGAGAUCGGGGCCUUGGGGUGCUCCCUGAGGCCUGUGCCAGUUGGGCAGAAAUGGGCUGGCGCAGGGGGGCCAGGCAGCAGCAGGUGAGGCGGCCCCAGGUGCCUCCCCCAGGCCCCCUGGGGACCGGGCCUCCUCCUCAACCAGGGAAGAGCCGUCCGGGCCGGGCCUCGGCCGCCCCCCCCGCUGACCGUCUGCAGCCUGUACUGACUAGGUCGCCGCUCCCCCAGAGGCAGGACCCUGAGGGUUAGAGUCGCUGCUGUGCCCCACGCCUGGACUGCUCCUGCUCCUCGAUAGGUGCUCAAUAAAUGUCUGUGGAACGGA